GUGACGUUUUGGUCAUUUUCUGUCAAACCGUAGGAAAGAAAAGAAAAGAAGAGGGAGGAGAAAGAAGAAAAGUUGGGGAGUGUUAAACCACAUUUUCAUUGAAAAAGAAAACAGCGAGCGCUGUCCUCCUACUACACUCUUGCAUUUUUGCUCUCAACUGUUUCCUCUUCAAGAAAAGUUGCAUGGUGUUCGUCGGCCAAUAAUAGUCAUGUCUCAUUAGGGUUUUGCUUUAGAACAGAGUUGGAUCAAUCCAUCCGGCAAUUGACUGGCAAUUGACUGUUUGAUGUUCACUCAAGAAAGAAAAGUAUGGGCGGCGGUACCCGUAACGCCGCCAAGAAACGGUAAGGGCAAGGCAGUGGCUUUUGCGGAUGACCACGUUCCUCUUCCUGUGGGGCUCUUGAGUGAGAAUGCUCAAAGGAAUUUGGGAGAUAGGGAAAACAUUGACGAUUGGAGGAGAUUCAAGGAAGUUGGAUUGCUAGACGAGGUUGCAAUGGAAGGCCGCGACCGCCAAGCCCUGCUCCUAAAGAUUGCCAAGCUUGAAAAAGAGCUUUUUGAUUAUCAGUAUAAUAUGGGGCUUCUAUUGAUUGAGAAAAAUGAAUGGACAUCCAAGUAUGAUGAACUUAGAGAAGAACUUGCAGAACUACAUGAAUCUCUCAAACGUGAGCAGUCUGCUCAUUUGAUUUCCAUUGCGGAAGUUGAAAAGAGAGAAGAAAAUUUGAGAAAUGCUUUGGCUUCUAAGAAGCAAUGUAUGGUUGAUGUAAGAUCUUUAAUUCUCUUGUACCUAUUCUUCCUUGCACUAUUUGUAUUUUCAAAUAUUUUAACAGCUUCAUAUUUCUUUUGCUUUUUGUCAGAAUAUAAUUUGACUGUAAUUCUUAACAUACCCAAC